AUGACCCCACCGGGACAUCUCUACCUCCUGAGGGUGCAUGGCACCCCCCUUCUUUUCUUCCUGGGGUUGCUGCUGGCCCUGCCUCCAGGGAAAGAGGGACUCCCUGGCCUUCACCUGUCACCCUCAGCUGCCCAGAGGGUCCAUCAACAUCCACAGAAGCAUUUUGCCCAUGGCACCCUCAAGCCUGCUGCUCACCUUGUUGGAGACCCCAGCAUACCAAAAUCACUGAGCUGGAGAGCGAACACAGAUCGUGCCUUCCUUCGCCAUGGCUUCUCUUUGAACAACAAUUCCCUCCUGGUCCCAACCAGUGGCCUUUACUUUGUCUACUCCCAGGUGGUCUUCUCUGGCGAAGGUUGCUCCCCUGCCCCUGUGUACCUGGCCCACGAGGUCCAGCUCUUCUCCUCCCAGUAUCCCUCCCACGUGCCUCUCCUCAGCGCCCAGAAGUCAGUGUGCCCGGGGCUACAUGGACCGUGGGUGCGCUCCAUGUACCAGGGGGCUGUGUUUCUGCUCAGCAAGGGAGACCAGCUGUCCACUCACACGGAAGGUGUCUUCCAUCUACACUUUAGCCCCAGUAGUGUAUUCUUCGGAGCUUUUGCUCUGUAG